UGGCGGAAGUGACGGCGGGGUUUGUUGACAGCGGAGGCCGCGGCGGGGGGAGCGGGCCCGAGGAGGACGCGGACCCCCUGCCCGCCCCGGCGAGCGGCGCCGGCACCAGCCGGGACUCCCGCCGCCCCCCCAUUCCGCCGCGUCGGGCGGGGGCUUGGCGCCAGCAUCUGCUUUUGCUUGGAGACCUUUUGCCUCCUGAGCCAAAACCAGCAGAGAACCUGUCUGAGAUCCCCACUGGAAAGGCUGUUGAAAGUUGUAGGUCAGAACACCGUAUCAUGGCCCAGGCAGUGGCUGAACAGAGCAUCUGAAGGGGGAGGAGGGAAGGUGCUUGAUCUACCCCGGGUGCCUUUGGGGAUAGUGAUUAAGCUGUCCUGAUGUCCUUGUAAAUUCAUCCUGGAACUUCAUUUGAGGAAAGGAUCUACUGAAUCAAAAGCUUCCUUCUGCUCUUCCCCUUCCCAUAACUUCCCUCAAGAUGGCAUCUGAUAGCCCCGAGUCACUAAUGACCUUGUGCACAGAUUACUGCCUUCGCAACUUGGAGGGGACUCUCUGCUACCUACUGGACAACGAAACUCUCCGGCUUCAUCCUGACAUCUUCUUGCCAAGCGAGAUUUGUGACAAACUUGUCAAUGAGUACGUGGAGUUGGUGAAGACGGACAGCAUCUUUGAACCCCAUGAAAGCUUCUUCACCCUGUUCUCAGAUCCCCGGAGCACCAGGCUAGCUCGGAUCCACUUGCGGGAACAGAUUGUGCAGGACCAGGACCUGGAGGCCAUCAGGAAGCAGGAUCUUGUUGAGCUCUACCUGACUAACUGUGAGAAGCUGACAGCCAAGAGUCUGCAAACCUUGGUGAGCUUCAGCCACACACUUAUCUCCCUUAGCCUCUUUGGCUGCUGUAAUAUCUUCUAUGAGGAGGAGAACCCUGGAGGCUGUGAAGAUGACUGUUUGGUGAACCCCACUCGCCAGGUCUUGGUCAAGGACUUUACUUUUGAAGGCUUUAGCCGCUUGCGCUUCCUGAACCUGGGCCGCUUGAUCGAAGGGGUAAAUGUGGAAACAUUGCUUCGGCCUUUGGCCUCCCUUGCAGCUCUUGAUCUCUCUGGGAUCCAGCUGAAUGAUGUAGGAUUUCUGACCCAGUGGAAGGACAGUCUGGUUUCCUUAGUGCUUUACAACAUGGACCUUUCAGAGGAGCACAUCCAAGUGAUCGCACAGCUUCGCAAGCUCAGGCACUUGGAUAUCUCCCGAGACCAUCUGUCCAGUUAUUACAAAUUCAAGCUGACCCGGCGGGUUCUAAACCUGUUUGUGGAAAACCUGGUAAACCUCACUUCGCUCGAUAUCUCAGGGCACACCAUGCUGGAGAACUGCACUAUCCCAAGCAUGGAGGAGAAAAUGGGCCAGACAAGCAUUGAGCCAGCAAAGAGCAGCAUUGCUCCCUUCCGGGGUCUGAAACGACCACUCCAGUUCUUGGGCCUUUUUGAAACAUCUCUUUGCCGCCUGACUCAUAUUCCAGCCUACAAGGUGAGUGGAGACAAGAAUGAAGAGCAAGUCCUAAAUGCUAUUGAGGCUUACACUGAACACCGGCCAGAAAUCACUUCCCGGGCCAUCAACCUCCUUUUUGACAUUGCCCGUAUUGAACGCUGCAGCCAGCUGCUGCGAGCCCUUCAGGCUUGUAACAGUCACUCCAAGACUCACAACAUGUCAGUGGCACUUCAUGUUGCUUCUCUGCAGCUGGUGAUCACAGCCCUCAAGUGCCACAAGGAUGACAAAAACAUCCAGGUGACAGGCAGCGCGGCACUGUUCUACUUGACCAACUCCGAGUACCGCAUGGAGCAGAGCGUAAAGCUGCGGCGUCAGGUCAUCCAGGUGGUGCUGAAUGGCAUGGAGUCCUACCAGGAAGUCACAGUACAGCGAAACUGCUGCCUGACACUGUGUAACUUCAGCAUUCCUGAGGAGCUGGAGUUCCAGUACCGCCGAGUCAACGAGCUGCUGCUGAACAUCCUCAAUCAAAGCCGGCAGGAUGAGUCUAUCCAGCGCAUCGCUGUGCACCUCUGUAACGCUCUGGUCUGCCAGGUGGACAACGAUCAUAAAGAAGCUGUGGGCAAGAUGGGGUUUGUCAUGACAAUGCUAAAGUUGAUUCAGAAGAAGUUGGCUGAUAAAACGUGUGACCAGGUGAUGGAGUUCUCCUGGAGUGCCCUCUGGAACAUCACUGAUGAGACCCCCGAUAACUGUGAGAUGUUCCUUAACUACAGCGGCAUGAAACUGUUCUUGGAGUGCUUGAAAGAAUUCCCAGAGAAACAGGAGCUGCAUCGCAACAUGCUGGGCCUCCUGGGCAAUGUAGCAGAGGUGAAGGAGCUACGCCCACAGCUCAUGACCUCCCAGUUCAUCAGCGUGUUCAGCAACCUGCUGGAGAGCAAAGCAGAUGGGAUUGAGGUAUCCUAUAAUGCCUGUGGUGUGCUCUCCCAUAUCAUGUUUGAUGGUCCAGAGGCUUGGGGUAUAUGUGAGCCCCACCGAGAGGAAGUUGUAAAGAGGAUGUGGGCAGCCAUCCAGAGCUGGGAUAUCAACUCCAGGAGAAAUAUCAAUUACAGGUCAUUUGAACCAAUCCUUCGACUUCUUCCACAAGGGAUCUCCCCAGUCAGCCAGCACUGGGCUACCUGGGCACUGUAUAACCUGGUCUCUGUCUACCCUGACAAGUACUGCCCACUGCUGAUCAAAGAAGGUGGGAUUCCCCUUCUGAAGGACAUGAUUAAAAUGGCCUCAGCACGGCAAGAGACCAAGGAAAUGGCCCGGAAAGUUAUAGAGCACUGCAGUAACUUUAAGGAGGAGAACAUGGACACUUCCAGAUAGAGGCAAUCAUCUAAUGCCUCUUGCCAGCACUGUAUCCAGCUUCUCUCUAAUUCACUGUAUAUAGGGAGGACUCUUUCUUACCAACUCGCCUGUUGGAAGGAAACUUUAUGUGUGUGUGUGAGAGACCCUCAGUAGAUGAAGGUGAACAGGGGAGGGGGGAGGGACUUUUUGCACAACAAAAUGCUUUCCUUAAAUUAGUGGACUUUUUUGUUAUGAAGUUUCAGGUUGAAGUUCUGUGUGUAUGAUUUCUGUAUAAAAAGAAAACAAAAAACAAAGACAACUACAUUAUGUAUCUUUUAACGUUUUGAUUUUAGACCACACAGAGAGCCUCAAAUGAUCAUGAGCUUGAAGACCUAGUUGUGUGAUCGCUAGUGUGACAUUUUUAUUUCCACUUUUUAGAAAAUUCCCUUUUGCUGUAUUGCAUGAGGUCCUGUAAUGUCUGCAAGAACACCAGUCCUGAAUUGGUAUUGGCUGCUCAAUGGGGUUACAGGCAGUGAUGAGUUAGUUAUUUGGUUAGAGAGGUUGGGGGACACAAUACCAGAGAGUUAGACCAAAAGGACUGACCUUUUUAGUGAUAUUUGUAAGUGGAAGAAAUGGGGAAGAAAGAUCUUUCAAGUCAAUUCACUCCCUUAAGGGUUUUUUAGAGAAGACCCACAUUAAUGGAAGCAUUGCUAACUGUAUGUGGGUCGUUUGGAAUUAAGACAUUCCCAUUAGAGUCAAGAGGUCUGUUUUGUCCCCUUUGGUGGUACAGUAGGAUCUGCCAGCCCACCCAGCCUCCUAAGGUCAGGUAUGACCAGUAAAACCAGUUACACAUCCUUAGCAACACAGAGCUUUUCUCUCCAAGGGAGCCUGUGCAACAAGGAACAAGGUUUGUUCGCAAAGGGCUACACAUCUUCAUUCCAGUCCUUCACCACCUUUUUAGUUGUGUUCGGUUUUAUGGGGAAGGGCUACAAAUGCCAGAGAGUGUUCUUCCCCUCUGCAUAAUAAGCUCUACUAGGGCCCAGUCCAGAGCAGCUUGUACCACUUGUGCAAGUCCCAAUAAUGGACUGGAGCUGUUCUGCUCUUUUUGCUCUGCAUCAGUGGAAGCUGUGCUCAGUGGCAAAGUAAUCUCCCUUUAUAGGAAGCUCACUGCAGCACAGGUGCUGUAAUUGGAGGUGCUAAAGUCCUCUCCUGAGACUGGGCAGUCUCCAGGCACCCUUUGGAGGGUGAUCCUAUGAAACAGCACCUCUUGUUCCACCCCAACAUCUUCCCCCUCUUCUGGGAAGCAAAAGGCCCUAUUCUUAUCUGACUCCCACUAGCACUAACCAGUGCAGUCCUGCUUGUAUCAGCAGUAUUACUCCAAUUUAUGUGAUGCAGGUGAGAGGAGAGUCCCACUAAGGUGGUCUUCACCUGUAAGACUCCAGACCUAUAAAGGGUCAAGAAGCCAAAGGCCAAGGUUUGCCUCACAGCAGGGGCACUCAACAACACAGUGUGCAGUCCACGCUUAGAGCCCUCUGCUUGCCACAGUUCUUUCACAAUUCACAAAUCUUCCCUUAGAAAAGGUUUUAUGUCUGGUAGCAGUAAGGAAACCAUGGCCAUGUGAGUUGGGACAUUUCAGGCCUCUGAGCACAGCCUCGCUGCUCUCUUCCCUUGUAUACAUUGCUCUCAGAUUUGACUCGCUGCUAUGAGGUUCUUCUAAUGCUCAGAGUUAAUGUUGUCAUUGCUGAGCACAUUAUAGACAGAUCCUAGAUACACAAACUGACACUUUAAAUGACAGAACACAGCUGCCCUGGAGAGGUUUAUUUUUUCUGCCAAUAUGGUGUUAUUCGAUGUCUUUUUUUUUUUUCCUUUUUAAGCAUACAUCAUUUGUUUUGAUAUUGUGAGAUCUGUACUUUUUUUCUUUAAGUAUUUUUCAAACUUAUAUAUAUUUUUGUGUCACUUUUGAAUUGUUUUCAUAUGGUUUGCAAAACUUGACGAAUUAUACUUUUUUGCAGUUGUUUGAUUGAAAUGUAUUUUUCUCUCUCUUAUUCCUGUUCCCCAAGACUUUGCGUCCCUAUGAGCUUUGAGACAGGCAAGCUUAUUUCAAGAUCUGUUUUCUGUAUAACAUUUGCUAAUCUUCCUUCUGGAUGCAAAACUAAGAGAGGCUGCAAGUACUGCCAGCCAGCCUUGGUGCAUUAGGGGAGUCAGGCUUUGCUCAUUUAAUUCUCUAUUUAGUGCUGCUGUCCUUUUGAAGUUGUUUCAAGUGACAGUGCCACCCACUAGGCUUUCUUCCUUUCUAAUGCCCAUAUAGUGAAAGCUCCUGCCACUAAAAAUCUUGAAUCACAUGACAAAGAGCACUCAAGAUUCUGACUAUGUUGGCAAGGUGGGAGUGGGGCAGAAGGGGACACAUCACAGAUGCGAGAGGUAUCAGAAACCCAUGUUCCCAGAAUGCAGCUGCCACACUGGGGAGACAGCUGGAGCUCAGGAACUCCCAUCUCGGCUAGAGCAGACCUCAGCCUUGCAUUGUAAUCAGAGCCAAACAAUCGGGCUUUACUCUUGAGAUUUUGGCACAACUACGUCAAGGUUAAUGAACAACCCAUGGCUUGGUUCCAUCUGCCUCAAGACCCCAAAGGAUUGGGUUUUUCAAACCAGUGCCCCAUAAGUUCAGCAGUGACUGAAGUCUCACCUGCUGCACGCUGGACCAUGGUAUCCCAAACUAACAAGAUCUAAGCUACAACAAACCUUUGUUUCACACUGUAAAGAUAACCUCUGUCCUCACUGCUCACAUACCCUCAUCAAGCUAUACCUGAGCCUGAACCAGGAUAAAAAGAUUUCAAAUUCCCAGCAACAUGGAGAUUAAUGGAGUCAGGCCAGCCUGCCAGAAAAGCUUAGCUUUCUGAAAUCUGUCACCGAUACCAGGGGGAAGGGGGAACUAUAACUGGUCUGUUACAGCUAGGUACACAUAAGAUUUUGAGUCAGGCCACCAGCAAGGUAAAUUCCUGAGAGAGCAUUUCAAAAGAAAUAGCAUCCCUGCUAGAGUAACGUGAACUUUGGCUACAAGCUUCAAUGUCUUCAAGCCAACAGACUUUGUGAGCUGAAAAAUAACAUUUCCCUUUCGGUAAGGGGCAAAAGAGAGAAAGGUAUCCUCUGAACACCUGAGCAUAGUCCAGGAAUUCCUGUAGUUGGAAGUUUGAAACUAGUGUGUACCUUGGUUUCCCUAACUGAAACAACAGGAGUUGUUGCACUCUAGGCAUAAUGCAUGUACCGUGACCUGAAAGCACUCUCUGGAGGCAAAGAGGAGUUAAUGAAUUGCUACCGUAGAUCCAGCACUCAGGACAGAACAGGAUAAUUGUCUGCAGCCAUCAUACCAAUAUUCUGCAAAGGAGGGGAGGGCAAAGUGGCUGAUUUUUUAUGAAGGUCUAAUGUAAAAGGGGAAGUUGGAUACCCUGAAAUGCUCGACUGUUACAGAGAAGCCUCUCAGGCCUUCCAGCUUUGCUGGAUCGAAGGAAUGAACCAGCAGACUUCAACUCCACACAGAAUUACAAAGCCAACGACCAACCCUGCCCAGAAAACUAGAACAGGGUUCUUCCUGUCAAAUGAAAAUCCAGCUGGAGAGGAGUUCAUAGUGUGUAAAGAUUCAGCAGAGGGGCUCCUUGUGCUCUGUAGUUGUUGUCCCAUUCAGAUUCUUAUUCAUGUUUUCACUACUACAUUUCCUUUAAUAUUCAAAAGCUUGGCAAGCAGAGCAUGAACACAACUCAGUAUUUCACUGCAGAGACAGUGCCAACAAAGGAACCCUCUACCUUGACUGUAUAUAGUUUCCUUCCAAGCUGGAGGAUGCCUCGUUGUUCAGUGGCCCAAGUCAAUGAUACAGCAGUCCUCAGCAUGCAGGGUGUCAGGUGUCUGCCAUUUUCCCCAGAACAGAUAAGAGAGCAAAUUGGUAGGCAACUUUCCACAAGUGCUUCCAUUUUACAAGAUCUGUGGGAGGAAUUGCUUAUACAGAUUGGCAUCUACUUGUAUGAGGCUUAGCACCCAACAGCACCAGCCUUUCUCAUCUACACCAAGCCAAGAAAGUAUAGCACUGAUAUUUGUGGCAAUUAGUAACAUUGCAGAUAAUUCAUCUGCACCAUGGCUGUUAGUACUCUGCACCUACCUACUGGCUGAAAUUAUACCUGUUCAGCACUGAAUGCUACCCAGCUUGUCACCUUGGUUGGGCUUCUGCUGCAGUCACUCUAGUCUCUGCAAAAGAUGAGUGGGAAGAAAAGUCUUGGAGCUGUGAGCCUAUUCCCUCUCACCACUUGAAGAAGGCAAUUAACUACCAGUGGAGCAAGAGCUAUAGGGGCACUGCAUUCAGGCACUACUCCACAGAAAAGACAUUUUCUUGAGACUGUUUAGGGAGAAGCCUGCCACAGCUCAGGUGUUGGAGGGUAGCUCGUGUUGGAAAAAAGAGAAUUAAAAGUAGGGAAACAGCUGGUCUCCACGACAACAAUGUGUAUGAAGCACAGAGGGUAAUGGUCAUCAGGAAUGGAUGAAAAGCAACAUGGGGGCUGCAUGAGAAGACAGCACUUAAAAAAAAAGGAAUGAGGGAGAGAGAUUUCCUGCUGAACUGAAACACUUCUGCUUUAGCAGACUAUAUUUUGAUUUCAUAUAAUUGUUACUGAUUCUCUCUGUAAUUCUUUUCUUGUUUAAAAAGUUUUUAAGCUAACCAAAUAUGUAUUUCCUUGUUUUGCUUAAAGAAAAUAACCUCAGUUAUAAUGAGCAAGCAUCUGCUUUUACUCUGUCCAUUGACCUGCCUAAUGUUGAGAGGCCUGGUUCAAAUGUUUGUACAUGGUGAAACCAAGCAAAAAAAUAAUAAUGCACAACUGUUGCUUCCUUACAAUUCUGAAUGAAUUAACUUUUCUGUUGUAUCCAUUGGAUACCCGCUGUGUAUUAAACCUAGUGCUUAACAAUG